CUGUUCAGUUUGCAGAAUCAACUAAAAAUGGCCAGAAUUGAGAAGUUUGCUUUGUACAUGCCAAGCCUGGAAGAAAUUUCUGGGGUUUUGCAGAGUGGACUCAAAGAAAACUAUGCAGAUGUUCAGGUGUCCGUGGUAGACUGUCCUGAUCUGACUCAAAAGCCCUUCGACUAUCCUUUGAAAGGCAUUUGUGGCAAGCCAAGAAUCGCUGAUGUGGGAGGCGUUCCAUACCUUUUGCCUCUUGCACAAAAAGAUAAGGUUUAUGACCUGAACACUGUGGCAAAAGAAAUUCAGCUCCCGGGAGCUUUUUUUCUGGGCGCUGGAGCAGUUUCAUCUAGAAUUGUUGGAGCCAACGCUGAGCUUGUACCUAUCGUUCAAGCCCAAAAUGAGAACAAGCCGGCUAUAAAUGGAAGUUACGUGGCCAGGAUUAAUCCCGCGGCUGAUGGGUACCUGCUAGAGAAGUACAGCACCAAACAUCACGACUGCGAAUUUGGCCUGCUGGCCAACCUGUAUGCCAGCGAAGGCCUUCCUGGCAAGGUCAUUGAAGUAAAAGCAAAUAGAAGAACUGGGGAGCAGAACUUCAUAUCCUGCAUCAGGAAAGCCUUAGAAAAACAUUACGGAGACAAGCCAGUGGGGAUGGGAGGGACUUUUGUGAUUCAGAAGGGGAAAGCGAAAAUUCACGUUAUGCCGUCAGAAUUUUCCACCUGUCCUUUAAACACUGAUGAGGAUGUGAACAACUGGCUCAAGUUUUUUGAAAUGAAGGCUCCGCUCAUUUGUCAACCGGUAUUGGUUUCCAGAGAUCCAGGCUUUGACCUACGUUUGGAGCAUACCCAUUGCUUCAGCCACCAUGGCGAUGGGGGACACUACCAUACAGACACCACGCCAGAGACUGUCGAGUAUCUGGGAUAUUUCACGCCCGCUGAGUAUCUCUUUCGAAUUGACAGACCCAAGGAAACACACAUGGUGGGGCGAGACUAAGUCGGCAC